UCAUCUUCUUCUACUCUGCGCGUUGCGUUCACCACCUCCGCCGCGCGCCCUCUUCCCACUCCCACCCCACCAGCUCGCCUCGCCUCGUCGCCGGCGCCCCCUCUUGGCCGCGAUGCAGAAGACGGCGCAGGCCUGGUUCACCGGCGGCCCCGCCGCCCCCGCCCCCUCCUCACCCGAGUCGCAGCCCUCCCUCCUCGCGGACUGGAACUCCUACGCCGCCUCCCGCUCCGACGCCUCCUCCUCCUCCUCCCCGCUCCCCUUCGACAUCGAGGCCGCCGUCCGCUCCGCCAACGACACCGUCUCCGGCACAUUCAGCGUGGUGACCAAGGGCGUGCGGGAGCUUCCGGGGAGCUUCCAGAGCGCGACGAGCAGCUUCCCCUCGGGGAAGGCCCUCAUGUACUUCGGCCUCUUCCUCGCCAGCGGCAUCUUCUUCGUCUUCAUCGCGUUCGCGUUCUUCCUGCCCGUCAUGGUGCUCAUGCCGCAGAAGUUCGCCAUCUGCUUCACGCUCGGAUGCGCGCUCAUCAUCGCCUCCCUCUUCGCGCUCAAAGGACCCGCCAGCCAGUUCGCUCACAUGACCUCCAAGGAGAGGCUACCAUUUACAGUGGGAUUUAUUGGAUGCAUGGUCGGUACAAUUUAUGUCUCUAUGGUGCUUCACAGCUAUUUCCUCUCGGUGAUAUUCUCCAUCCUUCAGGUUCUAGCUCUUGGUUACUACACCAUAUCCUACUUUCCUGGGGGUUCCAGUGGAUUGAAAUUUAUCUCAUCAAGUCUCUUGUCAUCUGUAACAAGCUGUUUUGGCCGAUAACCUGAGUAGGAUGAACAGCUACGUAAUCACAUAUUCUGGGUUUUACCUGCAAUAUUUUUGUAUGUAGUACUGAUCAACGAUAGAGAAAUUGUGACACCCCUCCCCCUACUCAUGCCUUCUGUUUAGAUUAAGAUUUUUAUGAAGGGAAAAUGUCUGUUGUGCUUAUGUACCCUAAGGUUCCUUUUAUGGUUAUAUUGUGGAAAUAAAGAUGUACUUCAGCUAGUCAAAGGAAAAAUUUUCCGAGAUGAACUUGGAACUGGAUAGUUCUGUGCUGUUGUGCCUCUUCUGUUUUUGUUAAUACAUUCGUAAAGGUUAAACUGCUGUUCUGCCAGCACCUACUGCAAACUCCCUGGUACCUUUCAAAAU